GCCGAUGACUCGGAGGAGGAAGGAGCUGCAGACAGAUAGGCGAGGGGGCUCAGCGAAAAAGAAGCUUUGCUCACGGACCCCCUGCUCCGCUCCAUUGCAAGGAAGAAUAUGCCCAGGAAGCGUACCAGGAAAUUGCUCUACACUUCGGAAGCCAAGCGCAAGCGUGAGGCCCGGGCCAAAGAAACCGAGGAACAGAGGAACACGAGGCGUGCUGCAGAUGCUGCGAGGAAGGCCAAAAGGCGAGCGGCUGAAAGCCAGGAGGAAAGGCUAGGAAGGCUUGCGGCAGAUUCUGUGAGGCGUGCGAGAAGGCGAGCCAGCCAAAGGCUGCAAGCGGAGAAGCCCCUAAAAAGUGCCACUGGGCCCAAGACAAGGCGACGGAAUGAAUCCGAGGAGCUGCAACUGGCCAUAAGAACAGAGGAGCAGGGCCCAACAGGAGGUGAACCAGAGCUGAGGACAGAGGGACGGAGAGGAGACGCUCCAUUUCUCCAAGCAGGGACCAGCAGGGAGUUGCUCAUUGGGGCAGCAUCACAACAAAUUAAGCAGGAACCCAGUGAGGGGCUCUGGGAAGGCCAGAGGCAGGAGUCCCCGACAGCAACGCAGGCCUCUCAGUCGGGAGGGAGGCAACCAAUGACAAGCGAAGGUACAAAUGGGCAUGAGGCCUUCAAGAAAAGGGAUGAUGUCAGCUCUCAUCGGGUGUAUCAAGAAACCUGCGAGGCCCAGGGCGGUGCCGUAAAAGUGAGGGAUAAUAGAACAGUCAGUUUGGACUUCUGGCGGCAGCACUUCAGGCACUUGUUUUACCAGGAGGCCGAAGGGCCCGAGGACACUUGUAGGCAUCUCCAGGAACUUUGCUGCCUAUGGCUAAAGCCGGAGAGGAACACCAAGGAGCGGAUGCUGGAGCUGCUGGUUUUGGAGCAGUUCCUGGCCAACCUACCACAGGAAAUGCAGAGCUGGGUGAGGAAAGGUGGUCCAGAUGCCUGUGUCGAAGCAGUGGCCCUGGCAGAAGAGUUCCUCAUGAGGCAACAUGAACCUGAGAAGCAGAAACAAAAGGAAGCCUUUGGGGACGUCUCCUCCUCAGAACAGGAUCCUUCGGAUAUUGCAAAAAUGCAGCUCUCCAAGGAAACCGAGAAGGCCAGCGUCUUUGUCAGUGAUGGACAAAUGAAGGAGGAUGAGGAGGAGACUUUUCAUCUUGAAAAAAUAGAACAAGUCGAUGCCAGUGGAAUAUUAUUAGACGAAAGAAAAACUUUCCUGGCCCCACAAGCAAAAGAGAGCCCUAGAAACCAGCACGGAACAGAAAGUUACCAAGAACAAAUCCAACCAGGUCUGACAGGAGAAUAAGCCUGACUUUAUGAGAAAGGCUAGUGAACCGACCCGGGUUCACAUAGGUUGGAAUAGCCCUUCAUUUGAUACUGAGAAGCCUUCAAGCAAACUUACGCAGCUGUGAGAACUGGACAAGUUGUGCCCACCUCGUCUGAGUGAAGCCACGCCCACUGACACGCCUAGACAUGGCCCCUGCCAUGGCUGCAUUCGUAUAGCCCACUGAACUAGGAAUCUCUCCAUUCCUUUCGCCUGAGAGGUGCGAGACUUUUUGAAAAAAAACUAUAGCUGAUUUUUUGCUUUUUUGGAAUUGCUGGGAAGGCUAUUCAGAAAUCGCUAACGCACCUCUCUCAAAGCCAUAGAAAAUGUCUUUUUUGUAUAAUCUCAAGUGAAGAGCAAAAGAAAAUGUCUAAUGAUGCAUAAUUAAGAAUUUGAAGGUGCAGACAAGUAAGAAAAGUGUCUAUUUAAGAGAAGGCACACCAAGUCAUGAGCAAGUCCACUGUUAGUACCAAGAACUAAUUGGAAAUGGAUAAGGCCGUUGAAUCAAUGCCCAUCACUCAGGAUCAAGGGUUACUUUAAAAAUUAAGAGCUCAAAACUUUGUGUUUGGUAGCAAUGUUUUUCUGAAGAGUGUUGGGUUACUUUAUUUCUCAGGGUCAAGAACGUAAUUAGAGGUUUGUUUAUUACUUAAGGGUUGAGAAUUAACGGACAAUAAAUAUUGUAUAAUUUGUAAACACUGUAAAAGUCCUAAUAUACAGAUGUUUAGAAAAAGUGUAUACACUUCGGGUGAAAUUCUUUGCAUGUUUAGACAGAAAAAAAUUCUACAACUCCCAGCAUUCCCCAGCCAUUCAUGCUGGCUCAUCAAAGCUGGAAGUUGAAGAACUUUUUUCUGUCUAAACAUGCCUAGGAUCGUGCCUUUCAGGUUUAAGUAGUACAUUUUGAGUUGGGAGGGGUUUUUUCCGUCAGAGAUAGGAUUCAGAAUAAAUCUUACCUAGCCUGAAAUAAGUAUGUUUAACUUUAGUUCUUUUUGUAUGUUUUAAACAUUGGAAUUUUUUAAGGAAUUCAAACCGAGUCAGAUGUAUGGGAUAGCAAACAAUGAAAUUAUGGUCUAGAAAGUGUAUAAAUAUGCUCUGAUGCUUAGACUACCGUGUUUUUUGUAUUUUAUGCAUGUAUUUUAUUGUAUGUUGGGGUUUUUAAUAUUAUUGUGAUGAUAUUUUCUACUGUGCUGGUCUAUGACCGAAAUAAACAAACUGUACUGUACUGCUCUGAUGUUGUGGACAUAUCAGCUUCUUUUCCAUCCAGAAUCUCAUCAAAACUGUGUAGUUGUCAGCUAAACAGCCUAUUUAGAACCGUAUAAGAAACUUGCUACACAGAUUAAAGUUCUCCUCUUAAAAGAUUUGAAAUCUUUGAUAACAGGAAAUGUCAGGAAAUACUGUCUCCUUUUAAACUAUGAUUUUGGAAAAUUAUGCAUUUUUUAUUG